CAGAGAUUGGGUUCCGAACUGACCUAGAAACCCACUUCCCCUCAUCCUUGAAAGUCAUCGCAAUCCUCAUCAGAGGAGUAGUGUAAAAUGUAAAUGGCCUCAUUUGAUAGACUAACUGCCGAUCUCUUGAAACUUAUCACGGAAAAGAUAGCUGAUCAUGCAGACAUUCUUCGAUUUAGUGCUGUUUGUAAAGAAUCCCGCUCCGUUAUCAUGAAUAAUCUUCACUUGCUUCCACCAAAACUACCGUUGUGCCGAUGUUGCCUCUCUACUAAACCCCGUCCCUUACCAUUGCUAAUGCAGUGUCGUGAUAACGAGUGGGAAAACAUCAACUUCUUUUCUGUUUUGGACGGGAGAAAUCACGGGGAUUUUCUUGUUCCAGAAAUAGGAAACAAGUGGGUUGUUGGAUCCUGUCAUGGUUGGUUGUUCGUAGUGGAUACCCAAGGUCGAGGCAUUGAGCUCUUGAAUCCAUUAACGAGGGCCCAAAUCCCUCUUCCAUCCCUUGAUGCAUUUGAACAUCCUAAAGGCGGUUUCACAUAUGGUGAAUUCAAUGAUUUCGGGUUUGUAGAGAAGGCCAUUAUAUCGUCAGAUCCUUCGAGUAAGAGGAGAAACUUGGGUGAUAAUGAUGACCACAUAAUAGCCACGGCAAUCAUCUCCAAUUUCGGCGUGCUAUCGUUUUGUAGGGUUGGAGAGGACAAGUGGACCAAUGUAGAGGAUUCCCUGAUGCACAUCCAAGAUGUCAUUUAUUACCAGCGUCAGAUAUAUGCUGUUAAUGAUCUGGGGGUAGCUGUGGUUUGCGAUUUUGCAGGCGAGCAGAAGAUGAAACAAAUUGCAAGUGCACCACCCAUGCUUACAGGGGAGAGAUAUUUGGUUGAAUCAAUACACGGAGAUCUGUUGCUAGUCGCAAGAUUCUAUGAUUUACGAUACGAUGAAGAUGACGAAGACGAUGGAGAUGAAGGUGAUGAAGACGAAGGAGAUGAUGAUGAUGAAGACGAUGGAGAUGAUGAUGAAUGGGAUGCGGAUGACGGAGUUAUGUAUAGGACAACUGCUUUUUUGGUGUACAAGCUUGAACCUCUUGAUGAGCCUGUCGAGCCUGAAGGUGUUUUCUUCAUCACCCUCAAUGGGAUUGCAGAGAGAGGUAAAUUCGAGUUUAAAUGGGUUUUGGUUGAAAGCUUGGGUGAUCAAGCUUUGUUUUUGGGUCAGAAUUAUUCGCAGUGUGUACCAGCAGUUGAGUAUCAAGGAUGCAAGCCGAAUUGCAUUUAUUUUACAGAUCAUGGGUUGGGACAUAGGAACAUUGCAAGGGGGAAGGUGGCCGAUGGGCUGAUUGAUGAGGAUUCUAUUUGUGAUAUGGGCAUAUACGAUUUCGAAUAUGAACGCUUUCAAAGGUUUAAGAAACUAAAUGUCAGGUACCAGGUUCCGCCGAUUUGGAUCUCACCAAAUCCAUUGUAGAUCUUCAUAUAGUUUCUAGCAUGUGAUAUUUCUAUUUAUGUAGUGUAGUUAAUUUAGUUGGCCAGAUACUUUAGUCUUGAUUAUGUUCAGUGCAUGAAUUGAUAUUUAUUUGCUUUUCUGGGCAAUUGAUAAUGUAUGGUUGCCUUCCUUUAUUU